UAGGGGUUAAAAAUAAAAGAUAUCCACCGAUUCUAGCACCCGAUACCUGUUACAAUCGAUCGACGGGCCUGACGUGCUGUGUUAUCAAAGUUUGCUCUCGUAGGACGGAUCGCUUUUGAGGCGGAAGCGUUAGAAAAUUGUAUCAUCACACUUGAACCAAACCGUGUGCACCUCAAAAAUAACGAUACCACCAAUCCCCAGUAGAGAUCAGCUUUAGCAGCAUUUAACAAUAACGAGCCUUCUUCGUGUAACUAUUGGCGGUAGACAGAGGAAUCGUAAUAUAUCUUACCCUGCUGGAAAAGAACAAGCAAAAGCAAAAAGGACCCGUCUCUAGUCUAAGUGGCUCUCCGGUGUGGGUCGCUACGGGAAAUUUCUAUCAUUUCGACAGCUUGACGUGUGUGCGUACUGCCUCUGGACAGCGAUCAUUGCCAUCGAGCUAGACGAUCGUCAUCUUAUCUCCUCCGUUUUCAGUAGUAUCGUCAAAAUACGAAUCAAAAGAGGCACCAUGUAUUGGGACACAGUGAGUACGCCGUCCGAUGUCGACGCGUUGCUUAGCAAAGAGGGUUUAACCCUUGAAGAGGUACUGGAUUAUGAAAACGUUCUACAAGAAUGUAAAACGCAGAAUCCUAAACUGUUACAAUACUUAAACCGCACCGAAAUAUUCGAUGCACUCAUCGAUCUCAUAAUUCAGGAACCGCCCGCUAAUGUGGAUGACAAUAUACGCUUCAUGCAUUCCAACAUGGCAUGCGAAAUACUUACCAGUGAUGUACCGUCCUUCAAAACGCACCUCGUCGAGAAUCAGAACUUUCUGAACAAGUUGUACAGUUUCCUCGUCAAGGAACCCCCGCUCAAUCCACUGUUGGCCUCGUUCUUCUGUAAAACUUUCGGCAUGCUGAUAACGAAGCAGAACGAGCAGGAUUAUUUUUCCUAUAAAUCUGUGUGCCUACAAGUAUUAGAGUUUAUCAAAUCGAAGAAAGGUUUCCUACCGACGAUCCUGAAGCACUUCGGCAACCAGGUCAUUAGUGAUCUACUGCUCUCCCACAUCACCGAUAUCGAGGAUGCCGAGUUAAAAUCUGAACUGCUCGAAUGGCUCAAUGAGCAGAAGCUGGUGUCCGAAAUCAUAGCCUUACUCAAGCAAAACGGCCAGGUGCAGAAACAUUACAACGCAUCGCAGUUUCUGAUCGAGCUGAUCAAGAUCAGCCGGUGUAAGCGUCAAAAUGAACGGCAGAACAAAGUUACGUCGGACCCUAUCUUAGAUAUGUUGGAAAGUGAAAUCACAACGAAGCAACUGCUGGACAUUAUUCUUGAAGAAAAUGGCGAAGAAAGUGCAAUUGUAGCAGGAAUUCAGAUUAUUUUGCGACUGCUGGAAAACGCGAUAAUACAAGAGCCUGUCUCAGAUACAGCGUUACAAAUUGUUAUCGAUGCUGAAAAGGAACACCACGACUUGGUCGUAACGCGCAUGGUGCAUGUUAUCAAACAGCGAAUCGCUGAAUUUGUUGAAAUUUUGGAGAACCCACCCGCGAAACCCGACAUAAUUACUACCUUCGGUACAUUGUCACCACCGUUGGGUAACGUGAGACUUCAGAUUUGUAAUUUAUUUACAGUAUUAAUAGAAACAGAAGACAAAGAGGUUAUCACAACAAUUUGCGAGACCAACUAUUAUAAUAUCCUGCUCAAGCUGAUUAAGCAAUACUGUUGGAAUAAUUUCCUUCAUAGUCGUGCAAAUGUAUGCAUCAAGUAUGCCGUCGGUUCGUUCGAUCAGAAUGAAGGAGCUGGUGCUGAUGGAGAUAGCAAUCUUGUUAUCUCAAAUCUACAGCGACACAUUAUUACCGAUUGUAAGGUAGCACCGAAGAUGCUGGAUCUGUUCCACGAUGAUUCCACUUAUAAACCGUGUAGACGUGUCAAUCCGGGGUAUAUGGGUCAUCUGUAUGAUAUGCUAGAUGCGUUGAUUACCAGUAUGAAGCUAUCGAAGGAAAUCCGUGCCUUAGUACAUUCGACAUUGACACAGGAAGAGCUGAACACCUGGCUGGUACACUUUGAGUUACCCGGCAAUCAUCUGUCAGAAGUAUUGGCUACCCAAAAGAAAUUUUUGGCUGACGAAGACCCAACUCAUAUCAUAUGCGACGGAAUGCACGGACUACAUAACCCCAGUGAUGGACUGGGAUUCCCCCUUCGUCAGCUGGUCGAUGAUGUCAGUCUAGUAAAUAACAAACCAGAAUUAGAAGAGUUGUUUGAACAAAUCACCAACAACUUGAAGUCCUUUGAGCUCAAUGUCAGGAAUGAAAUGUACGGGAAUGAAAUGUUAGGUACAUCAUCCGGUAUCUCUACGGGCAGUCUAGUUAAGGAUGAUGACGAUCCGUUCAGCAUGUUCGGCUACGAUCGUGAAAAUGCGGAUGAAGAUGAAGACGGUAUAGAUCCAUUUUCGCCUUUACAAUCCGCCGGUAACUUAUCGCACAAUGCUUCCAAUCUGCAUGAUAUAUUGAUGCGUGAUAUUUUGUUUGCCAAUAAUCAACCUGCACUGGAUGACGAGAAUCAUGAAAUAAUGAAACUUUUGCAAGAGGAAAAAUUUACCGGUUUGGAAGAGUUGCUUUCGGGCGUAGAAUUGUUCGAUAGUCAAGGAUCUGCCAGCAGCCUUCCCACAUCUACAGCCGUUCUUUCCGAAGUACCGACCGAAGCUCUUUUAGGCAACACAGAUACAUCGUUUAAUGUGAACGGAUCACUGUUCGAUUUGGAAAAUGCAGACAUUUUCAAUGCCAACUCCUUACCUCCAACUGAUGUUGACCUUGAAGGUGCUUCAAAUGUAAUAGCACCGACCAGCCUGCAGGAAAAAUCUCCUGAACCGGAACCGUCGCCGAUGCCAAUCGUCGAUCACACGAGUGACCAGCAUGGUGAACCUACUACUCCAGUUGCCGCUUCAGCUCCAGCAACACCAGCAGUUGAUGCUAUGGAGGAAGCAAUCGUGAGUCAAACACCAGAUAAUGGUAAAAAUGAACAUCUCCGCAGUAGUAUUGCCGACGAUAGCAUGCUCAGUGAAACGAACAAAUCGGCCAACUCGGCAGAGAAUGAAUCUUUCACAGAACAGAACGAGCAGAAUAUUGCAGCAGAAAAGGAUCUUGAAGUAAAGUCUUGUGAUGUUAAUGCUACAGAAGCCACUAGCAAUGGCAAUGAAAACAGUAGCAGCAGCACCACCACCACCAAUGCAAGUGAUGAUACUGCCAGUAGUGCGGCUAACUCGUCGGGUUCUUCAAACACUACUGAGAGUAGUGGGAGUGCCAAUUCGGCCACUACCGAUUCGACCACAUCCAGCGACAACAGCGCCGAGGCGGGUGGUGGUGAUUCGAGUGGGCCAACAGAUAAUUGA